GGUAAAUAGACAGCGGUCUAAAAUUCUCCGUCAGACUUAGGGUUUCUAGUGAACAGAAAAUCCCAAUUUUCUUCAGAAAAACUCAAAUUCCUUUCUCUUUCGCCCAGCAAUCGAAAAUGGGAGGUCACGGAGGUCUGAAUAUUCUCCCUCAGAAGCGUUGGAACGUCUACAAUUACGAGAACAGAGAGAAGGUUCGUCGCGACGAGGAACAAGCCGCCAAAGAGGAACAGCUCAAGCGCGAGGAGGCUCGGAAGCGCGACGCCGAGUUCCGUCUUGAGCGUCUCCGCACCGCUAAAGGUUUGGCACCGAAGCUUCCCCUUCCCGGACCCGAACCCGAACCCGAACCCAAACCCGAACUUGAGCCCGAGCCUUCUACCGACGCUGGCCACAUCAACCUUUUCGAAGGGAUCAAGAUUUUCGACCCAAUUCAGGAGCCUCAGAAAGAGGGUCCACCGGCGAAGAAGAAGAAAAAGGAGGAGAGAGGUCCCAAACCCGACGUUGUUGUGGGCCCGGAGGAUGAGAAGUAUAGGCUUGGUUACGGGCUUGCCGGGAAGGGAGUUCAAUUACCGUGGUAUAUUAGGAAACCUAGUGAUAAUGUAGUGAAGGAUGAAAGCGGUGACGGCGAUAGGAGGGAGAAUAAGGGUGAGAAGAAGAGGAAGACGAUGGAGGAGCUGAGGGAAGAGAGACUGAAAAGGGAGAGAAGAGAGAAGGACCGGGAGAGGGCUUUGAGACACGAGAAGAUGCAGAGUCAGAGAGAUGUUUCUGGCAGUAGGAGGAGGGUCUCCAGAUGAACAUAACAUUCUGUGUUUUCCUUGAAGAGUUCCUCUUCAUUAUCAUACGACAUCUGAAGUUUAUUGUUAUUUAAAGUAUAGUUAAUCAAAGUGGUUUGUUUUUUUCAUGAGUUUAUAAAUAUCUACACUUCUUUUGUUGGGAAAAAAGUUAAUGGAAAAUGACUAUUUGCUGACAGUCUGUCUAUGCAUCUAUGAUUUUCAUUUCAAUUUUCAAUUUUCAAUUGUAUUUAUGGAGAUGGUGAAGAUAAUUCUUCAGAAUGUGAGAAGACACUUUUACAGAUUCUGGUUUGUUUCUCAAUCUGCAAGUUCAAUGCUUUUGCAUCUUUUAGUUUCCUAAUGAGUUCAUGAAAAAGAAUUUGAUGGAGCAUGUCUACUUGCUUCCAAUGGCAUCUUCACCCUGCUUUCCUGCAUUCUUAAACAAAAAUUCUGACCACUUGCUCCCAAAGUUGUCAAAAUCUCUAGAUAGACAAAAACAAGUUAAUUCACUAUCAGACUCUUUUUCGAGUAAAAUCGAGGAAACUUAUGAAACUCGUAGUGAACUCAAACUCUCCAGUCAAGAAGCUAGUUAACGAGUUUGAAAUUAAAAUUAAAUGUAAUUUUAUUGGAUUCUUAUCUCACACAAUGACAAUGUUUUAUUAUGACUCCGAUAAGUUGAAGAAAUGAACUCCAUUUUUAAUUGUUCACAUUAGGAGCCUUUUUAUGAUUUUAUAAAUAAUUUAGUCAUCUAUACUGUUUAAUCUUAUUUAGCACUGAUGAGCUAUCAAACUUUGUUAAUGUGAAAAUAUUGUAUUAUAUAUGGCAUACGUUAACAAUAGACUUUUCUAUAUUAAGUAAACUCUUAAGUUUACAAGUGGAAUCUAUGGGUUGAAUCUACAAAAGCUGCAUGAGUUUAGAAUUUUGAGUUUGAUAACCUUACUUCCCUAAGUUUUCUGCAGUUUUAUAUUUUAUUUAACCUCUGCUGUCAGAUCUCUGGGUUCCAUUGUCCACCGUGUUAUCUGGUGCAUUAAGUCACUGUUGCUGUAGUUCACUGCUGCCAGAAAAAAGAAAUCCAGCAAGCUAUCGGUGUUGUUUUCAAAUUACCCAUGUCUUUCCCGUUCAGCACUGGACAAUGUUAUCUCAAUUACUUUAGACCAAGACUGAUGCCUUCAGAUGCUUUAGGUGAAAUACUUCAGGUAUGGAUACAAGAAGACAUUUGAUCGAUUUAAUUGAUAUAUCCAACCUGUUCUCUUCGAAAAAA